AUGUUUUUCACUCUUCUCCUUUGUGUCGCUUUAGGGUUUCUUCUGUUUUCAUCAUAUCUUAAGUUCCGAAAGUUUACUUCAAAUGUUGGCUGUCUCAUAUCCUUCUACAAGAAUCGCCAUCGUCUUUUAGACUGGUAUACACAACUCUUGUCUGAAUCUAAAACACAGACUAUUGUAGUACAAAGAUUUGGUGCACCAAGAACCAUUGUUACAGCAAAUCCAAACAAUGUUGAGUGCAUUUUGAAAACAAAUUUUGAGAAUUUCCCAAAAGGGAAGCCGUUUACCGAUUUACUUGGGGAUUUUCUUGGUGUUGGAAUAUUUAAUGUUGAUGGUGAAAAGUGGAGCCUCCAGCGCAAAUUAGCAAGCCAUGAAUUCAGUGCGAAGUCUUUGAGAGAAUUCGUCGUGAAAAUUCUUGAAGAUGAGGUCCAAAACAGGCUUCUGCCGUUGCUUGAAAAUGCUGCAGAGAACAACACAAUUUUGGACAUGCAAGAGGUGUUGAGGAGGUUUGCAUUUGAUACUAUUUGUGAAGUUUCAUUAGGCACCAAUCCUUCUUGUUUGGAUCUUUCUCUCCCCGUGCCGCCACUCGCGGAGGCCUUCGACGAUGCCUCCAAAUUCUCUGCUAUGCGCGGUGUGGCGCCGGUUUCUGCUGUGUGGAAAUGCAAGAGAGCGCUGAAUUUAGGCUCUGAGAAAAGGCUUAAAGAAUCUGUCAAUUUUAUUCAUAGCUCAGUGAAUGAAAUAAUUCAAUCCAAGAAAAGGAAACUCGAAAAGGGUGGAGGAAAUGAUCUUUUAUCGAGGUUUUUGGGGGCCGGACUGGACGAUGAAAUGGUUAGAGACAUGGUGAUAAGUUUUUUGAUGGCCGGAAGAGACACCACCUCCGCGGCCUUGACAUGGCUGUUCUGGCUACUUUCCGGUCAUCCUGAUAUCGAAAAACUGGUGGUGGAUGAAACUUUUUCGAGCAAUAAUGGCGAAAAACCACUGAGUUUUGAUGAAUUAAAAGGGAUGAAGUACAUCAAAGCUUGUUUAUGUGAAUCCAUGAGGCUAUAUCCACCAGUGGUGUGGGACUCCAAGCAUGCUGCAAAAGAUGACAUUUUGCCAGACGGUACACCAGUUUAUAAAGGCAAUAGGGUGACCUAUUUUCAAUAUGGCAUGGGUCGAAUGGAGGAGUUGUGGGGGAAGGACAGGUUCGAGUUCCGACCCGACCGAUGGUUCGAUGAACCUGGGGUCCUAAAAUCGGUGAGCCCGUUCAAGUUUCCGGUAUUUCAAGCCGGUCCAAGAGUGUGUCUUGGAAAAGAAAUGGCUUUUAUUCAAAUGAAAUAUGUGGUGGCUUCCAUUCUAAGACGGUUUGAGCUUGUGCCGGAAAAUUCAGGCCGACCUAUUUUUGUUCCCCUAUUGACGGCCUAUAUGGCCGGUGGGUACAAUGUUAGGGUCCGUCCGAGGAGGGGCUGUAAUGAAGAUAUUCUUUAA